AUGUUCCUCACAAUACCCAGUCUCUGGGCUCUUGCUGUUUUCUCGAUAGCAUUAGCUGCCCCAACACCUAGACAAACCAAUGUCAACGGCUGCACUGCUGUCCGUGAAGCCUAUCUGACACAGAAGGGCGACCAAACAGUAGUCAAGCCUUCUGUGGCAUUUGCUUGCCUCGAAUCGGUGCCCGUUGAUGUCGAAAACGACGUCGCCCUAAUCGAUUAUCUGCUUCCCUAUGCCCAGUUCCACAGUACCCUUGGAUACCUCAAGGCUCCACCAAAGGAGUACCUGCUGCCAGGAGUCGACAUUAUCGGAGGCCUGAUUCAAAUCCGGGAGAAGCUGCGAGACGGUGGCUACUCCAACCAGUUCGAAUUCACGAAAGACCUCAGUCAAGUUUACAGAGCAGCCCACGAUGGUCAUUUUAACUACGCACUAGCCCUCCACAGCGUGUUUUCCUUUGGAAGAUCGUUCAACCUCGUCUCUGUAUCGGAAGAUGGAACGAGCUUGCCAAAAGUUUACGUUGACGACGACAUACUUUCCCAGCCAAACUCCUCGAAGAUCUCACCCGUGGAAUUUAUUGACGACAUUCCCAUCGACAACUUCCUUAACCAGGAGGCGCAUGCCCAACACCUCCAUGAUCCAGAUGCACAGUACAACGCUCUCUUUUGGUCUCCUGCGAUUGAAAUCAAGUAUCAUGCUCGGUUCUCUAACGGCGAUUAUGUUCUCGGUUUUCCCGACUCGCACAACGUCCGAUUCUCCAACGGGUCUUCUAAAGAAUUUCCGAACUGGGCCCUGACUCAGAUUGAUGUUUCCGCUAUCAACUCUGGGGAGAAGCUCCAUCAAGUGGUCGAGGUGCCAAAGACCAUUGGAACUUUAGGGGUAACCAAGGGAGCCUAUGACGUUGAGAUACCUUCAGUCAAGUCCCUUCUCCGUUACCCAUCUAAUCCGGUGGCAAUUCACAAAUAUGGCGGUUAUCUCUCUGGAUACCUCCUCGAUAAUGACAACGACACGUGUGUUCUGGCUGCGGUCACAUUCCGAACUGACUACGUCACACACUGGAAAUAUAAUGUCACCGAAGACUUUGUUGAGGCACGUCGUGUCAUCCGCGAGACGUUAUUUUCUUGCAAAGCUGACGGGCGUACGCGCUUGAUUGUGGACAUGAGCGCCAAUCCUGGUGGUUAUGUUGAACUGGGCUAUGAGGUAUACCGCAAUCUAUUUCCCAAGGCGGAAAUGUGGACCGGGAGCCGUAUUCGAGCGCACCCGGCCGCUGACUUAUUGGGCCGUCUUUUCUACGACACAGAAUUCCAGUAUUCAGCAACCGCUGGUGUGCACCAAUUGGAUCCCACUACCGGGGCUCCAUACAAAACCUGGGAAGACCUCUACGGUCCCGUCAGUGUGACUGGCAAUGAGAUGGAAACGAACAUGCUAACUGCGAACGAGAGCGAGUCGGUAGAUAACAAAGCAUUCUACCUAACAGGUUACGGCCCAAACGAAGUUUUGCCUGAGCAGCCGUUCAAGACCGAAAAUAUCGUUGUUCUCACCAACGGGAUUUGUAUCAGCACAUGCACCAUUUUCACUGGACUAAUGCAACGCGAGCAGGGAGUCCGCACCAUUGCAGUCGGCGGCAGGCCUCUUCAUACACCCAUGCAAGCCGUCGGAGGCAGUAAAGGUACGCAAGUGGUUGAUCUCGCGGCCAUCCGGGCUUCGUUCAACUUGAUCUUGUCCCCCAAGGCAGGCAACGUGACAAUCAAGUCCAAAGAGCUCGCCGCUUUGAUCCCAUCACCGGACGCGCCUCCACUUCAACCCGUUGCGCUCACAUACUCCGGCGUCAACUACCGAAACGCUUACGCCAACGGUUGGAACUCUACCCAGGACAAAGAUGACGACUACCCCACCCAGUUCCUCUACGAAGCCGCCAACUGCCGCCUCUUCUACAAGCCCGAACACAUGCAUGCCAUGGCCCCCCUCUGGCGUGACGUCGCCGCCGCCGCCUGGAAAAACGCUUCGUGCGCGCCGGGUUCAACCGUCAAGAGGGACGGCAGCGACAAAUGGAUCAUUUCGGACGAGAAGCCCGAGUUCACGGACCGUGUCCGGUCGAGAGUCGACACGUACGACGGCCCCGGUUCGUUGACGAAUAACGUCUGGCAGGCGUACGGGAGCAUCAACACCACGGGCUCGGGCGAGAAUUACACGCUUAGCGAUGAUGAUUAUGUGGUGCCGGCCGGGUUCAAGAAGAUGGGGGCGAAACUGGCACCGGGGAAUGGUACGAAGGCGGAAAGAGAGCAGGAGAAGCAGGAGGAGACGAAGGAGGAGAACUCUGCUGUGGGAAAUAUGGGGCCGGGAAUGCUGCAGGUUCUGACGACGGCUGUGCUGGUUGUCUUUGGGAUGUGGGCGAUGAUGUGA